UCCCCCAGUUUUAAAGAAAGUGAAGGAAACGAAACUGAUAUCUGGCUUCACUGCAAGACAGCAGCUAUGGCCUCUGCUGAGGACCAUGUCUAUGAUCUCUGCCAAGAGGCUACAUGUCCCAUCUGCCUGGACUACUUCAAAAACCCUGUGACCAUCAAAUGCGGGCACAACUUCUGCCAUGACUGCCUGGACCAGUUCUGGUGGGUAUCAGAGGAAGAGGCCUCCUGCCCCGAGUGCAGACAAGUCAUUCAGCAAAGGGAUCUCACCCCAAAUUGGCAGCUGGCUAGAUUUGUAGAAAUCACACAGAAACUCAGCCACCAAACAAGGAAGAGGAAGAAAGGAGACUGCAGAGAACACCAGGAGCCCCUGAAGCUCUUCUGCAAGGACGAUGAGACCCCCAUCUGCUUAGUGUGUUUCAAGUCCAAGAAGCAUGAAAAUCACAACGUGGUCCCAGUGGAGGAGGCUAUCCAAGAAUACAAGAAACAAACACAAACAGAGAUGGAAAAGAUGAUGGCAGAGUUCAGAAAAUUGCACCAGUUUCUGGAAGAGCAAGAGAGGCUUUGGCUGGCCCAGAUGAAAGAGGUGCAGAAGGAGGUUUCGGAGAAAAGCAAGGAACACCUGGCCAAACUAUCCCAGGAGCUCUCCUCUCUUGAAAGUCUCAUGCAGGAAAUGGAGGAGCAGAAGCAACAGCCGGCAAGUGAAAUCCUCCAGGAUAUGAAAACUCUCUUACAAAGGAGCAAAGACAAGACGUCAUUUGAGAAUCCGUUAACAUUUCCUCUAGAAUUGAGGUGGAAGCUCUGUGACAUUUGUGAUAGAAAUCCUUUUCUAGUUGGUGUUAUACAACGAUUCAAAGAUGCUCUGCUACCUGGACUAAAGCUGCAGAAAGCAAAUGUAACUCUGGAUCCAGACACAGCUCACGCUAAACUCAUCCUGUCUGAGGAUUGUAAAAGUGUAACAUAUGGAGACCAAUUUCAACACCUGCCUGACAAACUGAAGAGGUUCAACAAAAGUACUUCUGUCCUGGGAUGUGAGGGAUUUACAGCAGGCAGACAUUUCUGGGAGAUCUGUGUGGGAGAAGAGGACCAGUGGCUGGCAGGGGUUGCCAGAAAGUCUGUGAAGAGAAUGGGUGACAUUAUCUAUGGGCCUGAGGGGGGGAUCUGGGCUAUAGGGAUGUGGAAUGGUACAUAUAGGGUUACCAACCAUCCCCAUUACUCGCCUGUGUCUCAGAACAGGGACCUCAGAAGGGUCCGAGUGUCUCUGAACUAUGCUGGGGGCCAAGUGGCUUUUUACGAUGCUGAUACAGGAGCCCAUCUCUAUACAUUCUUUGGAGCCUCAUUCACUGGAAAGACCCUUCUUCCAUUCUUUAAUGUGAUUAAGAAAGGGCAACUGAGAAUUCCUCCUUAAGGCAGCAAAACAAGCUGACCACACAGGCCCAAUAUCUUGCAAGAUUAAGAGAUGGAUUUGGGUGUCUUUUGAUAUUUAUUUUAUUUAUUUAUUACAUCACUUCUGCCCCGCCCUUCUCACCCAUCAGGGGACUCAGGGCAGCUUACAAUAUAAAGACAUGCAUGAAAACAAUUUACAUCACAUUUAAAAUCCAUUUAGAUAAAAAAAUUACAUUAAAAUUAAGAGCAUACAUUAAAAACCUGCAUAAUUA